UUUGAACUAUAACCAGCACUCUGCAGUGAAAGAGACUAUAGCGCAGGCAGAGCGCAGGUUUCCACCGCAAAAAGCUUAUAAUUUUUGCCAGCAUAUCGACAAAUAUCUCAACUCUGGGCAUUCGUCGCUACUUAAGUUCAAAAUGAGUUUCUCUGGAACGCGAUUUUUGUCAAGAAUUCUGCUAUGCAGUCACAGGAACACAGGCAACAAACCAUUGAGGAUCUGCCAGGUCAAGUACUGUGCUACAAAUGAAGCAGCUGUGGCGAAAAAAAAGUGGGACUUGGUCAGCAGCGUUUGCGUCGAAAGACCGCCAGUUAUCUCCGCAGACCUCACGGAACUGGAAGAAAGAAUGCAGAGCAUGCUCUGCAAAAUUGAGUUGCAACAAAGCAUAAAAUCCAAUCACGAGCUGCGAAAGGAAAAGGACAAAGUCACGUUGGAAGCCUUGAAAUCGGGCAAUGCCUCGGAAGCAGAUCUCGAGCAGGCCACCAAAGCCACUGCCCAAGAUUUUGAGGAUUCCAGUCUGGACGAAUUGGCCAAUUUCACGUUGGCUUCGAGGAAAAAUGACCCAAAAGUUGACGAAGAUGAGAAAAAUAUCGAUCGCCAAUUGAGCCAGCAUCUAAUUUUGCUUACGAAGCACAAACUAGGAUCUGAAAGCGUAUGGCUGAUGCCCAAUAGUGCCCGAAAAGAUGGAGAGACCAUGAGACAGGCCGCAGACCGUGCCCUUCUCGAAGCUGUGGGUCCGGAAUUCAAGUCGACAAUCUUGGGCAAUGCGCCAGUCGGAUUCUACAAAUACAAAUACCCUAAAGCUGUCAGAGAACAAAGUGGGGUUGAGGGUGCCAAGGUCUUCUUUUUCAAAGCGAUGUAUCAAGGUGGCCGUGCGAAAAGUAAAGAUUUUGUCUGGGCAACCAAAGAAGAGAUGGAGAAGAAAUUGAAGAAGGAAUAUUUCAAUAGCGUUGAUCAAUUCCUUCUUUUUUGAAUAUUUGUUUUGAAAUAGUUUUCAAUAUAUAUUAAAUGAAGAUUAUUUACUA